AUGCUCAGACCCGCCACCCCUCUGACGAUUUUGCUGCUUAUAUCCUUCGUUCUCUUGCUGUUAUCUGUCAUAUCGACCCCUGUCGUCAAAAGCAUCCCCAUUGCAACCUAUCAGGGAGUCAACUUUGGUGUCUUCGGAUACUGUACAACUUCCCAAUGCAGUGGUAUCCGCGUGGGAUAUACAACGGAUGGCCUAUUCGGUCCCGGAGGUGAUGGCGACUUCAACCUGCCCUCUAGUGCACGACAUUCCUUAUCUUCUCUGCUCAUCGUCCAUCCGGUCGCCGCAUUCUGCAAUCUGGUCUGCCUCGCUUUGGCUGCGGCUGCACACUUGCACUCUCCAUCUCACUCCGCCCGGUAUCUCCUCGGCCUUCUGAUCCUUCUCCUACCAACACUGCUAGUUACUCUUCUCGCUUUCCUGGUGGAUAUACUCUUGUUUGUUCCGCAUUUACAAUGGGGCGGAUGGAUUGUUCUCGCUUCUACAAUAUUGAUAACUGCCUCCGGGGUGGUGACUUGUGCUAUGCGGCGGACCCUGGUUUCGCGCAAGGCUCGCAAGAAGAGGAUUGCGGAAAAUGCUGAAAUGAGCGGCGAGAACUACUACAGCCGACAGGCCCAAGAGUCGAAGGCGGGCGCUCAAACUUUCACGACUGAACCCACCGUUCCGAUGGUCAAUGGCGCUCCUGGAGCAGACAGGCUACCUGCGUUUGCGACGUUCAAUCCCGCUUCAAAGACAGACGAAGAUCUCCAACCCCUCAGGUCGCAAGCCUUAUCCGACGAUCCUACUCUGGUCCCUUCUCGAGAUGGUGCUUCAGAAAAAUAUUAUGGCCCUCCUUCAAGAUCUAACAGUCGACCACCUCCGGAUGAUCGUCGGGAUGCCUUCCCAAGUGCUCCUCCACCCGGGGCAGUCGGUGGUCCGCCCAUGCCCAUGCAGGGCCGAAGACCAGGGGAUGGAUACCCGCCUCCUGGGCCAUAUCGCGAUGGGAGUAUGCCACCACCCGGUAGUAGGGGAUACGGUUCCCGAGGCAGGGGUGGCUAUCCCCCUCGUGGAGCAAUGAUGGACGGUGGCCAGCGACGGCCGCCUCCAGGAUAUCCUCCCAAUGGCCGUGAUGGCUCCUCAUCCGGAUACAUACCGCCCGAAGAAUACUCAGAUCCGAAUGGUCGACAUCCGACCAUUGCCGCCUCGCAGCCCUUCAUCGAAGGGGGAGACAGGAGAUUUGAUGUAGCAAGCCCGUCUAUAUACACGACUGGACCAGACGACCGUCAGGGUCCGUAUGGCGCCCGGGCACAAUACGUUCCCCCUCGCGCCCAGUGGAACAACAUGCCUCGUGAUGAUUAUGCUCAGCCCAUACCCUCUGGGCGCUAUGGCCCCGUAGAGCUUCCCACGGGCGGCAGUCAAGCGGCAGGCUAUGGUGGCCACAAUCGACGCCCACGGGUGAAUUCCGGUGGCAGUGAAGCAUACUACGAAGACGUAAAUCCUCGGUUUGCGGCCGACCCCGAACCAAUGCCCCCAAUGCCAGUCAUGCCACCAAACUCCGAUCAAGCCCACGUGCCGCCCCUUCUGACGCCGGGACAAGCCGGACACCAGCGACCUGAUUCUCUGGGACCACUCCCUCAGACCAAUUCUUACGAAGACCUCCCUGGCGCUCGGUCGCCUGCUGAGAGCGAAACCAGCAACUUCACGUCGGUCAGCCAACGUGGUGUCAACCCCAACUGGAGACCUGGCGCGGGCGGGGAAUUUGGCUCUUUCGGACCUCCUAGUCGAAGACGAGACCAGCAAAUGAAGCGAGAUGUGUUGUUGGAGGGAAACCCCGACUUUGAACUCCCGGGCAUGAAUCUACCUGCGCGACCGAUCGGUAGAGGACGAGGCGGCGGUGGCCCUGGCAUGAGAGGCGGCGGAAUGACGAUGCUAGGCACUUCGAGGAUCCCUCCGGCUAGCGCUGUCGGUGCAGGGGCGGAUGGAAGGUAUCCUCUGGCAACGCCACCACCGCCUGGACCCGGUGGGAUGCCGGUAAGAGAGAUAUAA